AUGGUCAAAAUGAAUCUAAUGCCGCUAGAAACUGGAAUAGCAGCUACCUUUCAGAGAAGAGGCUACGAGGAAGCUCCCCCAGGGGCUGCCAGUACGUUCUACAUCUUCAUCUGUGUGGCAGUUACACAAGCAGAGUCAGAAUCCCAACCAAAGUCUUUCUGCUGGACUUCAAGCCUCCUUUACUCCCCUCUCUGCUCCAUCACCUCAUCUCCAUCCCAGACGCCAUGUCAUUGGUGUGUGUUCUGUCUUCCAGGAACCCUUCCAACCACCAAAAUGGCUCAAACCAACCCCAUGCCAGGGUCUGUGGGGCCAUGGAAGAUAACCAUCUAUGACCAGGAGAACUUCCAGGGCAAGAGGAUGGAAUUCACUAGCUCCUGCCCAAAUGUCUCUGAGCGCAGUUUUGAAAAUGUCCGAUCUCUCAAGGUGGAAUGUGGCGCCUGGAUUGGUUAUGAGCAUACCAGCUUCUGUGGGCAACAGUUUAUCCUGGAGAGAGGAGAAUACCCUCGCUGGGAUGCCUGGAGUGGGAGCAAUGCCUACCACAUUGAGCGCCUCAUGUCCUUCCGCCCCAUCUGUUCAGCUAAUCAUAAGGAGUCCAAAAUUACCAUCUUUGAGAAAGAAAACUUUAUUGGACGCCAAUGGGAGAUCUGUGAUGACUACCCCUCUUUGCAAGCCAUGGGUUGGUUCAACAACGAAGUUGGUUCCAUGAAGAUACAAUGUGGGGCCUGGGUUUGCUACCAGUAUCCUGGGUACCGUGGCUAUCAGUAUAUCUUGGAAUGUGACCAUCAUGGAGGAGACUAUAAACACCGGAGAGAGUGGGGUUCUCAUGCCCAGACUUCCCAGAUUCAAUCAAUUCGCCGUAUCCAACAGUAGUGGAUUAGAAGCUCCAAGAGAAUUCCUCAAGCAUGAGACAACCUUGCUAAGCAAUCUAGAAUGAGCUUUAUGUUCUGCUCACAGACACUGCUUACAAAUGUUAGUUGCUGAAAUCCACAAUAAAUGUCAUUUAAAAAAUGAAUUAACUAGCGUGCUUUAUAUAAAUCACACUUAAAUGGCUGCAAACUUUUAGAAACAAGUUUCUAUAAAAUCCCGGAUUUCCUUCUGUGUCCUUGGAAGUCACUUACCAGCCCAACCACAAUUAUUCCCCAUGUCAAAUAACAUUCAAGCAAAUAACCCAAAUGUACCAGUCUUGCAGUGACAAACACACUUUUGGUAAAUGUUUCUGCAUAUUUUCUCCUCAUCCCCUACCCUAAUAAUGUUGAUGUCAGCAUU